AUGGAAAAAGCUGCGCAGUGUGCUGGAAUCCUCAUUAAAGAAGCAGCAUCUCCAGAAGCUCUUGCUCUUGUUGCAAAAUAUGCUGAAAAUUUUCUUGAGGGUGUAAUGAAGCUGAACGAAUCUAUAGAUGAGACGAGACAUGCUUUGGCUGACGCUAAGAUGACAAGCAAAUAUUCGUGGGAUAUUGUGUACACUGCCGUGGAAUGGGCGCUAGAUUUCAUCAAUGUAGUUGAACAGUUUGCCAGUUGGGGUCAUUCUGCUGACAGGAUUGAGAGAGUGAAGUCGGCAUUAAAAGCUGGAGAUUUUAAUGCUAUCGAUUCUUUUAUGGACACACUCGAUACACACGUGGAACAAACAAGCAAACGCUUUGACAUGUUUCAAAAGAAUGCUGAUAGAGCAACAGAACGAACGUACAAUGCAGCGAAAGACGCGGAGAAGGAAGCCACCAAAGCCAACAGCCGCAAAAGAGUUGUGCAGGGUGUAGGUGGCACUGCAUCUUCACUAUUACUAGCUGGCAGUAUUACCGGUACCUUUCUCACCGUGCUGUUUCCACCCGCGGGAAUACUCUUUGUCGGAGCGGCUGUCGGUGCAGGAGUAGCAGCUACAGGAGGAGUAGCAACCGCUGUUGGUACAGGCAUUGCAGCAGCAAACAUAAAAAAAACAGCAAGACGGAUGACAGAGUUGGCUCAGAUGCUGAAUGAUCUGUCAACGUCAGCCGGCUUUUUGCUUGCGAACGUGAAAGAAGUGGAGACUUGGUUACAUCAAUGUUUGAAUACAAUGGCGGUUACUCGCACGGCCUAUGCGUACGCCAAGAAGGGUUAUACCCCCGACACCAUAGAUGCCGUGGAGCGUUUUAAAAUGGAUCACAGACGUUACACAGUGCAGCCAGCGCUGCAGGUGACGUACUGACAAAGCUCAAACAAGAUCUGAAGUCACAUAUGCACUGCAGUACUUGUGCAUCCAGCGACAAGAAAUAACAGAAGUCUUAUAAUAGACUUUGCCAGCGGUUUGUUAUGUAAUUGUCUGUCUUGGGGGCAGUCGCAUUUUGGGUACUUUAGUGUUGUGAGUAUGUGUUUGCGCGAAAGUGUCCGCUCUGUGGUUCUUCUCUAGUAUUUGUGUUUACUUAUUGACUGCAGACAACAACUUUUCUAGUUCUCCGCUAGUCUGGGGUACUGUACUGUAGUAAUAGUAUGGCUGAGUGCGAGUUGUCUACUGAUCAAGUUUUACUAGUUAAACUGUAUACAGUAGUCUACAUUGCUGCAAUUAUAAUGCUAAUAUGUUCUAACUGCA